AUGCUACAGCUGGCCGGCCCGCGGGCUGAAGCUGCUCCGAGAGCACCCGCACAUCCUCAGCAGCCAGACGCGGCGCCUCCUCGAGCGGGACGCCGCCUGGCUGCUGUUUCCCACCGCCAGCGGUGGCGGUCCCGGUCCCGGCGCCGGCGCGACCAACCAGCAGCACCGGGACCGGGCGUUCGGCCUGAUCUCCGCGGCCGCCCGCGCCACGAGCUGCGGCAGCGCAUCUUUGCCCUGGCCCGCGCGUGCCAGAAGACGUGCCGGGAGCACCGGGCACGGGCGGAGGCCAUCUACCUGCGCGUCCGCCGCCGGUGGGACGAGGACCAGCGGGCGCGCGGGCGAGCGGCUGCGGCGGCACGGAGGCAUGGUGCUGGCGGCGGCGGCGGUCGCGGGAUCCGCGUCAAGUUUCGCCGCGGAAACGUCGCGCUGAACUAUGCGCAGCGCGACUUGGACAGGGCACGCCUCGCGCACAUGUCGUUUGACGAGCUGUGCGAGGCUCUGCGCGGGAGGACUCUGGAGGAGCGCGAGGCGCUGGACCAGAUUACCCAGCCUGGUGGAGAGAUUCGAAUCCUCAGGGAGCGAUUCGACCCAGAGGCUGCGGUCGGGCAGGUUGUGACGGGGUUACACGAGCUGUGUCUCUAG